AUGUCGAAGCCAAGUGUAGCACUCGGACUGGCUUUUGACGGUGCCGGUCAUGGGACAGAAGCUGAAGCAGUAGAAAUGGAAUUGAGACGACGAAUAUUCAAGCGGGGCUUAAUGAACACCGAAAUGGGCAACUUGAAAUUUGACCAUCGAGAAGUCCUCUCUUGGACUGCGUUGACUCAGGAAAGUGCAGUCGCGGGUCUCAGAGCAGACACAGUUUCCUUCUGUCGAGCGAGAGUCGAUCUACCGACGUCGCUCAUUGUUCGAUCGAUCGAUCGGUCAGUCACUGAUAAACGGGAAGACGGAACAACCGGUUUUCUCGUCGAUGCCGCACUACCCCUACGGCUGUACACGUCCACCGUCCACCGAUACAUUGCUGGAGUAUUUAGUAUUAGUGCAUUUUAUCGAGCGACGGUUCUCGAGCAUCUUCUGUACUUCAGUUCUGAAAUAAUGAGGCCGGUCAUGCGUACCGCCUCCCGAGAACCGUUUACUCAGCUGCUUGACAAUGCCUCAUUCACUGCUCGACAAGCGGCCGUCUUCCACAAUGUGUCGUUUCGACGAAAAGCGCUCACCGACGACAGCAGCCCCUUCUGUGCCGUGCAGCGGAAGAACCGAAGAACGAGACGGUUGAGUCGUGGAGCAUGGAGGUUGUUGGAGGCGAAUCGUCUGUCGGUUCCGGCGUCGACCACCACCACCACCUCCAUGUCGGUGCCAUCUUUGCACCCGCUGUGUCGUCGAUACUCUGCCGACGACCGGUUUUUCAAGUUCUGGUACGCUUUCGCUUUCGGGUCGAAUGCUCUGACUGUCUGA